AAUUCUACAUAAAAACUAAACCGAAGUUUAUUCACACACGCUCUCCUCCUACCUUUCUCCUCUCCCCUAAAUUGAGGUUUUUCUUGUAGCACCAGAAAACUGCAUCAUCUCCACGAAUUCGAUCGAUUCAAUUUCGUUUCAAUUCAAUUUUCUAUAUUUCUUCAAUUUCAUCGAUUUCAUUCAAUUGAAGAAACAAACAAUAAAAAGGGAGCAAUUGUUUCUGUGUUUUGAUUUUUUUUUUGGGAAGUAAUUUGAGCAGAAUCAAUGGGGAAGAAGAAGAAGAGACCAGUUGAAAAGGUAUUCUGCUACUACUGCGACAGAGAAUUUGACGAUGAGAAGAUAUUGUUACAACAUCAGAAAGCUAAGCAUUUUAAAUGCCAUGUUUGUAACAAGAAACUCUCCACUGCUAGUGGGAUGGUCAUCCAUGUCCUUCAAGUUCAUAAGGAGAACGUCACCAAGGUGCCGAAUGCAAAACCUGAAAGGGAAGCAACCGACAUUGAUAUAUAUGGAAUGCAAGGGAUUCCGCCUGAUGUUUUGGCUGCUCAUUAUGGGGAACAAGAGGAGGAUACACCUUCAAAAUCUGCAAAAGUUGAUGUUCCUGGUACAAAUAUUGUUGGUGGUAUGAUGCCAGGCGGUUUUGCACCACCUGGAACUUAUGGAGUUAUGCAGCGGCCCAUGUACAACCCAGCUGUUCCAGGACCCCAUGGUUGGCAAGUCCCUCGUCCACCUGCGUGGUAUCCUCCACCUCCAGGUAUGUCAAUGCCACCAGCAGUUUCAGCACCUCAAGCGGCUUCCGUUCCCCCACAGCAGCCUCUUUUUCCCGUUCAAAGCAUUGCCCCACCCUUGUCUUCUGCUGUAGCUCCUGUAUCCCAACCUCCUUAUCCACCUGGCGUCCAUUCCUCUCCAGCUCCUAUCCCUGUUUCACAACCUCUGUUUCCUGUAGGAGCUGCCGCAACCAUGGCAAAUCAAAUUAUGCCUGCAGGCAUCUUACCAGACAUGAAAGCUUCUGCCGCCGCAUAUUCUAGUGUACACCCUAAUAUGGUAAACAGUUACCAUUUACCAAAUGGCCCAGGAGCAGCUAAUAAUUCACAUUCAUAUGCGUCUGGCCCAAAUACUGGUGGUCCCUCAAUUGGCCCACCUCCUGUGAUCGCUAAUAAAGCGCCAGUUAACCAGCCAGCCGGUAAUGAAGUUUAUUUGGUGUGGGAGGACGAGGCCAUGUCAAUGGAAGAGCGAAGGGCAUCGUUGCCAAAGCAUCAGGUGCAUGACGAAACCAGCCAGGUAAGUUGGAACUACCCUGAUCUUUACCAUGCUCUUCUGAAAUUUCAAUCUGCUCUUCUUUUUUUAAUGGUUAUCUGGGACAUGAUACAAGUAUACAACUCUUCCCUAUGUAUUUGACAAAAAGGUAACAUUUUUGUUCCAUUGUAAUCUUGACUUAUAUUUUAUGGACGGACAUAGUGAGAUCAAGUUUGAAAUUGAAAGUGCUUCUGAUCACAAAUGUGAAAUAUCAUAACUUUUUUAUGCCAAUAGCUUCGACUUAGCACUUUUUCUAAGUGCCACUAUCCAGUUUCCACGGAAAUUCUGCUGCUUUUGUGGGCAUCAAAAAGGUCCAAGUAGGUAUUUAAUUUGUGUUUUACUAUUGAUUGGUUAGUUUUGCAAAGCUGUUCAAGGUUUGGACCAGCCUUCCACUUUAAAAGUGUAUUUUUAUAGUUGAAAAUUUAAAUUUGCUACCUGGUAAUAAUUUCCCCCAUGCAUGACUGCGAAGUGUGGGGUUUUAAGUGGAAGGCGAGCUUGCCAACAGGCUUUUGCCAUUUGUAGCGUUUCUUAUUACUUCGUAUCUUGUAUGACUUUGCAGUUCUUUCCAGGUCAGCUUCUGUCUAAUUUUGGUUAUCAUUGUAUUGUGUAGAAGCUUAUCCUAAUUCUAAAGCAUUUGCGGGCAAGAGUUUUAAGUUUGUUUUUUUUUUGGGGGGAUUUUCAGAUGAAUUCCAUUGAUGCUGCCAUUGAUAGAAGAAUAUCUGAGAGCAGACUUGCGGGUAGAAUGGCUUUCUAGGCAUGCACAAAAGAAGUAACAACAAAAUUUACCUUGAUACACCAUUUUGUGGAGCCCUUGUUUCGAGUGGGAUUGAGAUAGCAAGUGAUUGGCGCUUCCCAUUGAACAUGCUGCGGAGUUUGACAUCUUCUGCACAAAACUGGUCUGAUUCUCAAAUUUUCUGGAGUUGCCAAACCUGUGUAACAAUCCAAAAGUUCUCUUUUUGCUGGAAUUGUGCCUAUAGAUUAGCAGGAUUGCAUACUAGUAGUCUCUUUAGGUGAAGCACUCAUUGAGUGUAAUAUUAUCUGAUUAUUACAACUAGUCAUUUAUUUAGAAUCUCAUUUAUCUGACAAUGACAAUUUUUAAGUCCAAAUAUCACUUGUUAAACCUCGGCGGCCUGCUUGAUUUUAGAGGCAUCAGCUGAAGAAACCGGAUUUCAUCUAUAGAGCUUCUGGUAAAACAA